AAGAGCACAGACUAUAAACAAGGAAGACGCAAUCAUAACGCUUUUGGAUAUAGACAAAAAUGGAGCAGAGACAUUCUCACAUUUACAACUUAUCAGUCAUACAAUAAUACGUGCUCUGACUGUCAAGACAGAAUAACCGAAGUAGCAAUGCAGGUGCUCCCUGCAAGGACAGCCUGAUGGCUUGUGUUGUGUCCCUGUAUCGGCCUUUAUCUUUACUGGCCCCUGUGGGGGUGAGGCGAGCCAUAGUUUGCAGAAUGUCACUGGACAUGCGAGCACGGGAGGUGUUUGCUACGGCUAUCGAAGCUGUGCAACCAGACAUUGUGGUGCGGCGGAGUCUGGAGCGUACAGGAGACACCCUCCUAGUGAAUGGACGCAGCUUCACGCUAAAAAACAACCUUCACCUGGUAGGCUUUGGCAAAGCUGUGCUGGGCAUGGCUGCCGAGGCAGAGAGGAUUGUGGGGGACCACUUGGUGAGAGGAGUGAUCAGUGUGCCACACGGCAUUCAGGAGACAAUACGGCAGCAUGGGAAAGACCAGAUGUUGUUGAAGGAUGGAAGUCACAUCACAGUGAUGGAGGGAGCUAAACACAACCUGCCAGAUGCUGAUGCCCAGAGGGCAGCCGAAUGUAUCAAGGAGCUGGUCAGCACAUUAACAGAGAAUGACAUGUUGCUUGUACUCAUCUCAGGAGGAGGGUCUGCACUCUUGCCUGCACCAGUCCCACCAAUCUCUCUUCAAGAGAAACAGGAUGUUACACGCAGACUGGCUGGUGCUGGUGCCACCAUUCAGGAGCUUAACUCUGUACGCCGUGCCCUGUCGAUUUUGAAAGGAGGAGGACUUGCACACUGCGCUCACCCUGCUCAGGUGGUGGCCCUGGUUCUGUCUGAUGUAAUUGGAGAUCCCCUGGACUUGAUAGCCAGUGGCCCCACAGUGUGGACUGAGGUGUGGCCUGAGGAGAUUUGGUCGGUCCUUGAACGUUACGGGCUGUCCUCCUCUCUCCCUGUCUCAGUGAAAGAGGUGCUUGGACGCUCAGCUCCCCGAUGGGAGGAGUCUGGAGAGCAGUCAGACAGGGCGGCACAUGUUCUCAAUGCUGUGAUUGGCUCCAAUAGCAUUGCUCUGGAAUGCGCAGGGAGACGUGCGCGGGAGCUCGGAUUCCGUCCAGUUGUGCUGUCGCCAGGGGUGUGCGGGGACGUACAGUCUGUCUCCCGCCUUUAUGGUCUACUGGCUCGCUUUGCCUGCUCCCGUGACGAGCCCCCUCCUGAGUUGCCUGCUGAGAUUCUGAAGCUGGGGCCCGAGACAGGCGUGGAAAGCUGGGACUUGUGCCGUGCCAUGCAGGUGCUUGGUGAGGGGCGUGGGGAGGGCUGGGGAGCCACCUGUCUGCUGGCUGGGGGAGAGCCCACUGUGCAGUUGACAGGCAAGGGGCGUGGUGGGCGGAACCAGGAGCUGGCCCUGAGAGUAGGGCUUGAGCUGGGAGGCAUGGAGCUCCCUCCGAAGGGUCCCCUGUUCCUGAGUGGUGGGACCGAUGGUCAGGACGGGCCAACUGAGGCAGCAGGGGCAGUCACAGACGCGGGGCUUGGCAAAGAAGCACGAGCACAGGGGCUCGACCCUGAAGGCUUCCUCGUCAACAAUGAUUCCUUCACCUUCUUUUCACGCCUGUCUGGUGGGCAGCGGCUGCUCCUACCAGGGUUAACGGGUACCAAUGUGAUGGAUGUGCACAUGCUGCUCAUCCCACCAAUCCCCAUAGUCGUGUCUGGUCGUUGAUGAAGACAAGGGCAUGACAGCUGUCAAUUACACAUUUCAGUAUGAAUCCACACAGAGCAGACUGAGUAUAUUCAGAGAGCAGCUUUUCAAAGCUGACCAUGCCCAUGAUAUUCUUUCCAGCAAGCACUUUUGGAGAUCCAUGUUUAAUUUAAAAAGCAGCAGUCAGUUAUGUCUAUGAUAAGAAUAAAUGCAGUAAAUAGUUUACUUUUGUGUUAUUUGUGAAGAGAUUGUUUCUGUACAGAGCAGUUAGUCCAGCGGAUAAACAAAUAUACCCAAGACUGUUCCACUUUAUGAUACAAGUAUCAGACAUAGUACACUAAUACUAGAUACCUUAAUAAGGAACAUUUUUUGAAGAUUGGAUGCAGUUUAAUAAAAUGGCUGCCAUUCUGAUUUCCUAUUAGAAGAAAAUAGGGUAAAGUCAUUCCAAGUAAUAUCUAAAUUACUUUGUAAUGUUAUCUACCCACUAAAUAAACCCCACAAGCAACAUAGACAAUAACAUACUCUUAAGACCUUCAAGGGGGUCAUAUUGAGGUCAUUUUGACCAUAGUCCAAUUACCACGGGAAAACAUUUUGGACUUGUUGAUAGAGCCAAGAAAUUCCACAGCUGGGGCAUAUCUAAAUUAUUCUUGGCUAUAGUGCCAUUACAGAUUUGGUCCAUUACCCCCCUGGCUGCCAUUUCCCAUAUGACCACUAACCAGCUGCAUGGGGCCAUAUUGGACAGGAUUCACUUGGACAUGUUGCCAUAAAAAAUGUGGUACUUUACAGCCCAAUGAUGGUUUAAAAUGUUUGAGGGGUCUGGGAAAACACAAAAUGGCUCACAAACACCAUAUAUACUUAUCCUUUAAACUUGUGGUGAAAACAUGUGCCAAAUGAAUUUUUCCAUGACUAGUUCCAAUAGUUUUACAUGUAAACACUCUAGAAAGUAAUUUGGGUGUUCCCUGAAGUCUACUGAUUGCAAUGAUAAUGUUUUGUCAAUUUUAAAAAGAAAAAAGACAGGAAACCUGCCCUGUACACAUCACUUUAGGUAAAACAACAUAGGAAUGCAUUAUGUCCAGCAGAGACAGGUAACCCAUUAUGAGACCUUUCAGUUUUUACACGGUGUAAAAGUCUAAACAAAGAUGUCUAGCUAUAGUGCCAUUGCAGAUUUAACCUAUUAUACUCAGUGGUGAAUUUUGUUGACCAAAUUCGACACUCAUUGAUCUCCAUACAAAAAUGCCUUGCUUGGCGAGAAAAAGAAGAAGAAAAACACCUGCUGGAGAAGACAGAUUUUGGGUCCAGUUAUCCCUCUCACUUUGGAUGUACCUCUCUAAUACUACAGAGAUGACUUUAAUCAACCAAGUUGAUUUUCACCUGUUGACUCUCUCAAUGCCACACACUUGUCACUAAUUAUCAGGACUGCCCUGAUAGGAUUUAAAUACAAACUGAAGGUAUGAA